AUAGGAGAACAGCAUAGUAAGAACAGAUUACUUCUGGGAAAUCUACCGACGAUUACUAAGAUAUUAUUGUCUAUUUAAAUGACGUUCGAUCAAUCAACAAGGGCACAUAUAUACAUAUGUACAAUUACAGCCGUUUCUUUCAUAUCAGUGGCAAGUAAAAGUUUAGGCUCGUCACAGAAGGAAUUGUCUAAAAUAGACCGAGGUACUCACAUAGGCGAAGAGAUGAACGCAUGCGAUUAUGAAUGGACUGCUAUACAUGGAUACGAAGAUAAGGUUAAAGUACAAGCCAUUACUUGUCCUAGGGAUGGAAUUAUUACUGAAAUCUUUCUAACGUACGGAGAUCAUGAGGAGGGUCAGCGUCUUCAUUCAAUAUCUUUUAAGUGCAACUCUUCUUUUGGUGUGACUGAUGUUGGACCUUUUGGAGACGUCACUGGAGAACGAAAAACAUUGAAAUGCGAAAAUUCAAACGAUCAUAUAAAGUACAUACAGGGUGCAGCCGGCCAGUAUAUCAGUGAUUUAGAAGUUCGUUGUGUGAAUAAAAACGAUUCCACUGACCAAAUUCAAUAUCGUAAUGAACCUAGCUACAAUCACAGCAACGAUACUGUGCGUUUAGACGACCAACAGGCACAUAUUUUUAAUCGAAAAAAAACUACUGCUAUAAAGACGUUUAAAGACGCAUGUUAUGCUACAAAGGGACGAAGACCCGUCGAAAUAAGAAUUUGGGCGGACAAAUUUGUUAAUGCUAUUCAAGUAAAAUAUGUAAAUGUGCCGGUUUCUGAGGACUGUUCGAUAUCGCAUAUCGAAUAUUUGGACAGUGAAAAACAUAUGACACCAGAUGCUUUAAAUGUUAUAGGAUUUACUUCCGGAUUUACGUGCUCUACAUUACAGCAAGAAAUUAGUUUAGAUGCAGCUGACACUCGAUCUACUAAUAUUGAAGAUGAAUUUGAAGGCACUCAUAGCGAGAUAACAAAGGCCGGUCCUAUGUUAAGUGUUAGUGCUGGUGUGGAUGAUACAAUAAUUUUCAGCUUCGAAUUUGGAUGGAAUGGACUCUGGGAAACUAGUAAUGAAGGUAACGGCACUCGUUCAAGUGAGUCGCAGAAACCUCUUGACCAAUACUCUAUUGGAACAACAGUCAGUUAUCACGGUCCUGGAGCUGCUAUUUUAGUUGGAUAUGAAAUACGUUACGAUGUUGAACACAAAAACGUUCCAAUUUCACUUCAUAAUACGUGUGAAGGUGGAGGUUCUUUACCUUAUACCAGGCGUUCCUUACCUUUGCAUAAAUAUAAAUUUCAAAGUGUGUUCUUCCUUGAUUUUCACUAUACCUUUAAUAAUGAAGAGAACUGCUUGGACUCUUCAUAUUCACAGGAAUGUGUAGCCGAUAUUAAGAUUAAAGAUUUCAUCGCCAGUCCUAAUGAACUUGAGAGGGAAUUCUUUAAAUGCUUUGAUGAAAGUGUCGUUAAGAUUCCAUUUGGUAAGUCGAUAAAAACUUAAAACACAAUAGCAUUACGAGAAUAGACAUUUUCAAUCGAAUUCAUGCUACCAUCAUCAUAUACAUACAGAUUUAAGAGUUGUCUUGAAGUUGUAACAGAUGUGGAAUGAACAAAACCAAGUGAAUAAAUCUAGAACU